CACGUCUCCAAGGAGUCCAGCUCCAGCCUGUCUCCCCUCUGCCAUAAGCACACAAAGGUAGCAAUGGGAGGCAGGGACCCAGUGCGAGGAUCAGGAGACUCCCAGGACCCCCUUGCCUGUCCUCAGCUGUCAUCUGGACCAGGCUGGUUUUGGCUGCUGGAGCUUUGAGCCCCUAGAUCUGUGGGCCCCACUGUGGAGGGAGGGACGCUGCUCCUGUCUCCAUGACAACCAGAGGCUUGGAGGAGCUGGACCAGGGCCUGGGCAGCUGCCUGGCCGGUGAAGACCUCUCUGCGCUGGCAGAGGCCACCCUGGGGUGGCUGCAGGAGGACAAGGCCCGAGCAACACCCAGAGUGGCUGAGACCAGCAGCUGGCCUCAGGUCUCUCAGGAGCUGCAGGCAGGGAGUGGUGUGGAUGCCAGGCCCAAAAAGAUGGAGAAGGAGCCUAUGGCCAGGGGGACCCCAGACCUCGGAAGGGAGGAGCUGAAAUCUGGAGCGCCUCCCCGGAGCGCCCCGGCCCGAAAGAAGACGCAGGCCGAGCCCCUCGCGCAGCCGCCCCCGCCGCCCCCUGCCCUGAGCGAGGAGCUGCCCUGGGGAGACGUGACGCUCAACAAGUGCCUGGUCCUGGCCUCGCUGGUGGCGCUGCUGGGCUCGGCUUUCCAGCUGUGCCGCGACGCUGUGACUGCAGAGGAGGCUGUGCCCACCCCGUGGAUCCCACCCAUCUCAGCCCCCAAGGCCCUGGCAUCACCCGCGGUAAGCACUUCCUUCCAGUGUCCCUGGGCAGUGGGUGCCCAUCCAGGGGUGGGGAGGCCGGGUGGUGAGAGAAGUGGGUUUGGGGCCCAGGAUACCACACUGUCCACAUUGCAGCCUAAGCCUUCGGCCUGGGCACCCCCAUCGAGACCCCCCGCGCCCAAGGUGGGGCCACCCACACCUCAGGCAGAGGCAGGGGACAAGCCCAAGGUUCCCAGGAGCCGGGAGGCUGCAGAGAAGGUGCAGGGAGAUCCUGGGGAGGCCACAGGAGAGGCCGCUGAGGAGCACGCGGCCCCCGCUGAGCAAGCACCCAAAGAGAAGCAAAGGAAGGAGGAGAAGCCGCGGAAGGAGAGGCCGUGGAAAGAGGAGACGCCCUGGAAGAAGAAACUUCGGAAGGAGGAGAGGCUGAGGAAGGAGAGACCGAAGAAGGAGGAGAGGCCACGGGGUGCCAGGGAACCCAGGGAAGCUCUGCCUCGACGCUGGGGGGGGCGUGAAGGGGGCCAUCGGCCGUGGGCGCGGGAAUCCAGGGACCUGGAGCACCAGAAAAGGCAGGCCUGGGCUUCCCCGAGGCACUCCGAAGAGGACAGGCCCCGGGGCAGACAGAAGCACCAACUGGGCAAAGGGCGGGACUGAGCUGUGCCUGGUGCUGCUCGAGAAUCCCGGGACCCAGGACCCAUCUACAAUCUCCAUCGUGGCCCCAGGGCUCCAGCAAAAUAAAGCGAGUGCUGAGGCUGGGA